CUUGUUCCUGUCGGGGUGUGGACAAAACGUUUGCUUUGACACACUUUUCCACAUUUUCUCUCAUAUUUGGAUAUAUAUAUUCAAUUUUUUUUUUAGAUUUCUCAGUUUUCCUCGUCCGUUCAUCAAUUUCCUACCUCUUCUUCCCCCUUUAAAAACUACAUGUUUAAAAAAUAAACAAACACAUAGAUAUAAACGUCCACUGCAGUAGACAUUAGUUUUGUUUCCCCCCUAUGAAAGUCACAUAAAAAAAUAAAUAAAAAAGUCCAUCCAUCCAUUUAUUACCGCUUGUACCUUUGAUUUGACACACUUCUCCACAUUUUCUCUCAUAUUUGGGAAUACACAUUCAAUUUUUUUGAGGUUUCUCAGUUUUCCUCGUCCUUCCAUCCAUUUACUACCGCUUGUCCCUUUUCGGGGUGUGGGCAAAACAUUUGAUUCGACACACUUCUCUCAUAUUUGGGAAUACAUGUUCAAAUUUGUUUUGAGGUUUUUCAGUUUCUCUCUUACUUCCAUCCAUUUCCUACUGCUUGUCCCUUCCGAGGUGUGGACAAAACGGUGGAUUUGACCCAGUUUGUCACAUUUCCUCUCAUAUUUGGGAAUAUAUAUUCAAGUUUUCUUUAGGUUUCGCUCGUGAUUUGUUUUCACGUCCUACUUGUGCGCAUUAGCCCCGCCCUGCGCACAAGUUUGCGUCCGCGCAGUGAACAAGUCUUUCGGUUUUUAAAUUUUUCAUUUUUUUUCCAUUUUUAUUGUUUAUUUUCUAUUUGCGCGUCCAUAAUGAGAUUUGACCAAGACAACAGCGGCCAGGUUCCGCCGGGUGCCGGUGCCAGCCUUUUCCAUUGGUCCCUGUUUACGCGAUGCCCACGGGAGGCGCGCUGAUUGGUGGGCGCGCUCACGUGACCGCGCAACUUUGUACAUUUGACAGCGAGUAGGAGGGUUCUGUGGAGAUCAGAAAAACGACAGCGCGAUAAAAAUUAGUAUUGUUGCACUUCCCCAAAUUAAUGACCAUGAGUUCCUACUUGAUCAACUCCAACUACAUCGAGCCGUCCUUCCCUCCGUGCGACGAGUACCAACAGGGCGGGUACGCCGUCCCCAACCCGGGGGACUACUACGAGCGGCCGAAAGACGCGGGCUUCCCCCACCACGACGAGGCGUCCUACCCGCGCUCCAACUACGCGGAACCGGGCUACGACUACGCCGACGUCCCCGCCGCCGGCCUGGAUGACUUCGGCGAGCACGGAGCCUCCGCCGCGCAGCCGCAGCAGAGCCUGCACGUAGCGCGCCUGGGAUCCACCCCGGACGCCGCCAAGGACUGCAGCCUGGCCGGCGAGGUGUACCCCGGCGUGGCGAAGGGCAAAGAACCGGUGGUCUACCCCUGGAUGAAGAAGGUCCACGUCAACUCCGUCAAUGCCAGCUACACCGGGGGAGUGCCCAAGAGGUCCCGCACUGCCUACACCCGCCAGCAGGCUCUGGAGCUGGAGAAGGAGUUCCACUUCAACCGCUACCUGACGCGGCGCCGGCGCGUGGAAAUCGCCCACACCAUGUGCCUGUCCGAGCGCCAGGUGAAGAUCUGGUUCCAGAACCGCCGGAUGAAGUGGAAGAAGGAGCACAAGCUCCCCAACACCAAGAUCCGCUCCAGCUCGGCCUCUGCUUCCACGCAGCAGCAGCAGAUGAAAGCGGGCCAGCAGCUUGUGCCCACGCCGUGCUCCGUGGGUCUAUAGUGCACCUUUUACCCCCCCCCCCCCACCCACACUCAACCCAGACUGAGAUGGCAAAGAACACAGGCGGAUUUCAAACGGACCGAGUCAAUAUUUUGAUGUUAUCUGCCGCCCACAAUUCCACUCCCCGCUCGUCUCGCCUUCAGCUUGUUGUUAUUGUUAUUAUUAUAAUAUUGUUAUUAUUAUUACCAAUGAAGGAUUACGCACAUGGAUCAAAAAAAGGUAGCAUUAGAAAUAUUUUGUUCUAUUUUCCCCCCCCCACGGAGGUUUAUAAUAUACUUGAAAUUUAUGAUUUUUUUUUUUUUGUAUAGUAGUCAGUCACAUAGCGCGCGCGCGCGUGUGUGUGUGUGAGUGUGUGUGUGUGUGUGUGUUGGAUGUUUCGUGCAGGUGACACGGCCCCCAUGCCGUAAUGUACAUAAAGACACGUGAUCCACGAAGGCACAAUAAGGAAAACAAAGCAUUUACACUCCCUGUAGUUGUUUGUCGUGCGCGUCUUUCUCGGCCGUGGACUCGUGCUCGUGCGUCCUGCCUUCCUUCUUCUUGUCGUCUCCCCCCCCCCCCCCACACCCAAAAACUGUGAACGCUCCGUGUGUGUUCGUGUCGUGUCCUAGUGAGCCCCCCACUCCCACCCCAGUGCUGUGUCGUGUAGACUGAAUAUGUCCCUGUGAAAUAAACGUGUACUUCACUUC